GGUCGUGUAAGGUUCACGAUGAUGUCAUGCAGCUGUAGGGUAGCUCGGUGAGGCUGGAGUUGGGGAAUAGAGACUUGAAAGGUUGCACCGAGGCGGGAGGGGAAGAGAUACGGAGAGCGACACUGCAGCCAGACGCGAUCUCACCGGAGGAACUGCUUCGUGGUCCCCCGAAAAAAGCAUAUUCUGCCGUGGACGUUUAGGGAUUGAUUUUUUUUUUUUGUUAGUGUUGCUUUGAAUGGUUGCUUUUGCGGUCACAAAACAGCUGCUGGGGUCUGUUGUGCGGAUCAUUUCCCAGCCAGACCGAACCGUUCAGGGAGAGGGACCGGGCACUCUGCUCCCCCAAUGACACCCCCGCGGAUAUCUGGACACGGGAGCCGUUCGGGACUGGGGGAUCUGGUGUAGGGACAGUCGGGACCGCCCCGCCGGUGCCACGCCGCGAUGCCGCCGCAGGGAGCGGCGGAGUACAAGCCGGUCGCGGUGGCGGAGGCGCCCCCGGUACCUCCGCGCAGGUGGCGGGGCAAAGAGCAGCCGGCGAGGUGCAGGUCUCGCUGGGGUCCGGGCGCCGAGCGCAAGGUGAAGUGCGUCCUUGUCGGGGACGGCGCGGUGGGUAAGACCAGCCUGGUCGUCAGCUACACCACCAACGGGUAUCCAACGGAAUACAUCCCAACGGCGUUUGACAACUUUUCAGCGGUCGUGGCUGUUGAUGGCAAACCAGUGAAACUGCAGCUCUGUGACACCGCAGGCCAGGACGAAUUCGACAAGCUCCGGCCCCUGUGCUACACCAACGCCGACGUCUUCCUGCUGUGCUUCAGCGUCGUCAGCCCCUCGUCCUUCCAGAACGUGACGGAGAAGUGGGUGCCGGAGAUCCGCUGCCACUGCCCCAGGGCGCCACUGCUGCUGGUGGGCACGCAGUGCGACCUGCGCGAGGACGUCAAGGUGCUCAUCGAGCUGGCCAAGUACAGGGAGAAGCCCGUGGACGAGGAGGCGGCCCGCACCUGCGGCCAGGACAUCAAGGCCGUGUGCUACAUGGAGUGCUCGGCCCUGACGCAGAAAAACCUGAAGGAGGUGUUCGACGCCGCCAUCGUGGCCAGCAUCCAGCACGCCAACAGCCAGCAGCAGAAGAGGAUAAAAAAGCGAACUCCCGACAAGAUGAAGAAGCUCUCCAAGUCCUGGUGGAAGAAGUACUGCUGUUUCGUAUAGUGGCCGGAGACGGGGGGCUUGCGGCGCAAGGGGGUGUCGGGGCUACAUUAGCUCAGACUGCGGACAGGGUGGCGGCCUGGCCAGAGGUCCCGCUGUGAGGACAGCAGCCCCUGUGCAGACGAGGGACAGUCCCCGGCGUUCCUCUUCACAUCGCGGUCCUGGGGGAGCUGUUGGAGUAACUGCUGCCAGCUGUUUCCUUCUUGAUCAGAGAGCCUAACCAGCCACCUGAUUGCUGCCUGUUUUAAGUUUAUUAGACCCUCAAGCACAAAGCCAGCCCCCCCCUGCUGAGGUUUCUGUGCUGCGUGGAGAGAAAGAAAAAAGAAGCCGGGUCUGAAGAACAUUGCUGAACUUUGUUUUCGGCCCACUGUCGCAACACUUCUUUUAAAACCAUUGGGGGGGGGGGGGGGGGGGGGUGGGAGCCUGAAAUUUGCUGCUUUCAAAAAAAAGGAUUAGUAGGUCUAGCCUGUUACUCUGCAGAACAGGUUAAUCUCCUCGCCCAUUUCAAGUAGUGCCUGUUGUAAACCGCAGUGCAAGGCUGUUUCCAGUCCAUAAAAGUAAAACAAAUGCACUGCAAACAGUGUUUCCUUUCAUAUUGUUUAAACAUGAUUAAGUUAUAAGAGUGGAGGCCACUUGGCCCAUCUAGUUUGUUUGGUUGCUAGCAGGACCAAGGAUCUCAUCCAGCUGUUUCCUGAAAGAAGCCAGAGUCUAGUUUUAUUUGGCUGAAGUUUUUAAACAAGUGAGCGUGAAGACGGCUCGGCUUUUUAACCACUACGUUUAGUUUGCAGCCUUGUCAGACACUUCAGCAAGGGCGCCCAACAUCUUGCAGUCUUUUUUUUUAUGCUUGUGAAUUGUCAUCUUAACUGGACGAAUCGAACUGCUUCUCAGGUAGUAGGGGUCACAGACACUUGGUGCUUUUUUGUAACGGUUCUUUGCCCUCAAUCACUACUAGACAAACUACCUAGAACACCUUUGUCAGAGUUGUCUUGCGAUUCUGCUGGGACAGAGGCUGUUAAUAGUGAAGGCGUAUGUGUGGCUACUGUGUUCUGUCGAGUGGCUGAAGGCAAAGUGGAAAAAUCUAUGAACCUUUUUUCAUUCCCCCUUUAAACCUGCCUUGAAACUGAUGCAGUACUGGGAAUAAAUUGACAAUUAUUAACCAGAAUAGACUGCUGACCAUUGUUUUCCAGCACUUGCUGCUGGCAGGUGUUGGUGAGAUUGUGACAAGCAUGAAACUGCCUUUCGCUGGUAAAUUGCGGGGGUCCAGUCUCGUACUGGAGCAGCAGUAUGUCAGCUCUGUUUGACGCUGAAGCACCUGCUCUUUUAAACUGGUCUGGUUAAGCAGGUAACCAGCUGGUUUUGCUCAUUAAGAGCCGAGUUGGAAUGAAAGCCUGCAGACAGUACAGGACCAAGGUUGGACACCCCUGUAGUAGGUUAAUACCACUAUUAAAAAAAAAAAAACUGGAAACCUUUUGAUUGCAGCAUUGAGGAAGAUGAUGCUUUCUGUCAUUUUAUUUCGUAUUUCGACAAAGGUUUUCUCAUCCACGGAGAACGGGCCUGCUUAUCCACCAUGUUUGUUUUUCAAAAGUGCAGAAAUGGCCUUUUCAAAGCAUUCACCUUUCUUCAAAUGCCUCUUAACUGUUUAGGUUAGUGGGAACUUAUAAGCUCAUAGUGAUAAGUUAUUUAUCAGUUAAUGUUUCUAUAUUAAUGAUUUAGAUGUAUAUAAUGAGGGCCAGAUGUUAAUCCAAAGAACUAACUUGUUUUCAUAUCACUAACCAGUCACAUAACUGGCAGAGGGGUGAAUCUUGGUAAUAUUUCCAAACAGGUUCCAGUUUAUUCUAAUGAAUGAGAUGCGACUCCAAAAAGUAAUACUUCUUUUCUGAAUGUAUUUCAUUUCCAGGUGUAAUCCAUUGUAGCUGUGCUCUAACGUUUCAGCUGGUGGAAAAUAAACGGUCAAUUCUUUAGGGCGUGGUUAUGUUUUCUCACCUCACAACCUAAUUAAAGAGGUUCGUAAAGGCCGACGCUGGGGGAAAUGCCCCCUCAGACUGUUCUGGAGUUUGUCUGAAAAUUAGUUGCAGUGACUAGGAGAAAAAUCCUUAAGAGUGUGUACCAACUAAGCUGUAGUGACCCAAUUGUGAGAGUAGAUGGCUUGUGGUGUUGGUAUAGUUUAAUUAGCAUUUCUGGCAGAUACACAAUGGCUUUAGUUACCCUGACUUGCCAAGUGUGGGUAUAUGUGCACAAAACCCUCCUUGACACAGGAGGAAAAACAGUCCCGAAACAAGCCUGUGUUUUAAAAGCGUGUGAUCAUUGCAGCUGAGAGAAAAUGAUUGUGGAAAUGUUCAUUUACUUUUACUCAAAUAAUUUCAGUUUUGUUUCCACCAUGUACUGUAGCAGACAAGCCUGUCAUUUCUAGAACUGGGUUUGUGUGUUUUGUAGGCUCAAAUUGUAACAAUGAAACAUACAAUCAGUACGUUUAGAAUUGUUUGAACUCCACACCUAAUGUCCAUAUAUUAAAAAAAAAAGAGGCUGGAGUUACCCAGCUCCUGUUUGCAUAGGAACCUGCAGCUUAAUAAAACUGGAAAUGAAUCAGGUGGUUGUCUUUCGCCGCUACAUGCUUAGAUCUACUCAAUUGUAUCGCGUUCUUGUAAUUUGUACAUGGUCUGCUAUAGGAAUGUCUACACAGGGAAAAACUAUAGAAAUGAGGUCCAACAUAUCCAUAUAUAGAAAUGAGGUCCAGAUAUCCAUAGGUGACAGUUUGGUAGCAAACAUUGAUAUGAUGUACAAUGCUACCUGUGGAUAUUGGGAGGUCUGUAUAAGCUUAACUGGAGAAUGGACAAUACUUUCUCCAAGCUAUCUCACAUGUGUUUGUGGUAUCAAGCAGCCGUAUGGAGAACUGGGUUAGAUUCUGUGUAAAUGGGUCUCCUGGUUGUCGCUGUAAAUCAGGAUCAAAUAAACAGCUGCAGGGGAACUCGGAAAGCAGUUAGGACUGACAUGGCUCUUGCUGAGCAUAUCACAGGCACCUGAGUUCAAAGCUUCCUGGAAUCUGUAGAUUAUCCAGGACAUAAAAAAGAUUUAUGUAGAGGCAACUAUAAUAGGUGUCUCAUAAUGCAAACACCCACUCUUGUGCUCCUUACAUGAAACAUGCAGAAAGCUAUUUGCAAAAGUGUAGUUGGAAGUGAAAUGUGUAAGUCAGCUCAGCAAUAGUUUUAAUACAAAGAGAUGUCGGGGAAUAACUUUGUUACUGCAAUACUCUCCAGACUUGACGUUUCUGGGCCAUUUUCUGUGAUCUGUUCAUGCAGAUGGGAAGAAGCUCGAUUGAUGAUUGGUUAGCAGGCGUCUUCGGAAAAUGCAGAUGACAGAUCCUAAACAACUGCCACUGUCUACUUGGGGAAAAACCGCGUCAACAACGCGCAAGGAAAUGUUUCUCCAGAUGCCUGGAGAAAAGUUAUCUUGGUGUUGUUGACUCUGCACCAAGCUUAUUAUACAAGUCUCUACCUCAGGGAAGAUACCAUUUUGCUUUACAUGCUAAGCAGGACUGUGCCCUAGAAAAUCGGACAAACCCCAUAUGACCAAGCACGUUUGCAAAAGCUUGUUAUUCUAAAUGCCCGGACUUGCGCUAGAGAGACUGAUCCUUUCUUUUGAGUCAAUAUGAGUCCUUGUAAAAUGGGUAAAUCAUGGGAUGGUUCUGCAGCAGUUGGCUUUAGUUAUCUAUAAGGGCGAAGCGUGUUAUUAAUCCUGGGAGCUCUUACAGUAAUGAACUGUCUUUGAGUUUAAUGCAUUUCAAUGGAUUUCUUCGAGUGUAACCAGCAAUGCGCAGGACGCCGUGCAGGAGAGACUUGGCUGGCACUUGAGUGUAACAGGUUUGGUUUUUAAUCAUGAGCUGUUCAGCUUAUGUUUGGAAACAUAAGGUAGAGCUUCUGCUGCUUGAUCCUUCGGGUUGUGAGAUUCUUUGGCUCUGCUGCUGUAAACCCAAGUUCAUUCCAACAUGCUCAAGUGCUUCUUCCAUAACCCAAAUCUUACUCCCAGCCUUACGGGAUUUUCCUUUCUGCUCUGAUGUGGUAAGAAAGUGGUUAUAGGGCUGGCUAUGAUUGAAUAAACUUGACAUCACGAUCCAAUGUU